AUGUCUUCAACACGGAUCUCGCCAAUACUGGAGGCCUGGUAUAAGUGGAAGUCGCUCAGACUACCAUGGCGCAAGCGCUUCCUCAUCGGCCGUGACCUGCAGGGCUACACGUACUGGGAGUUCCGCGAACAACGAGGCGACGGACCCGGCCGCUUCCGCCGCAUCGUCCACUACCCCCGAUCGACAUACCUGUCCGAUGUGAAGGUGUCCCCGUUAUGGCACCAAUGGCUAAGACACACACGUGAGCACCCGCCUUCGCUCGAAGAACAGUCGAGCGAGGUCGUUAGGCAGGAGAGGAUGAAGCUGCUGGCGGCGCAGGCAGACGCGCGGUGGGAGGCAAAGCCCAGGGUAAUGGACGCUCCAGGGCAGGCAACAGGCCAACCGUUGCCAGCCUUGAAUACGGCACAACGUCAACCGAUUGCGCCGGAACUGGAAUCGGUAAAUGCGACGACGACCGAGUCGACCGAGUCGAUCCCAACGCAAUCAACGCCGAAAACCAGCGCAGCGAAGAAGAAAUACGGACACGAUCCAUGGGAGCAAGCCAAGGGUCCCGGAGAGGCGUGGCAGCCACAGGCGUGGGUGCCGCCGGCGGGGAAGAAAUAG